AGAGUACUGCGUUGGGGUUCCGGUUUUAGUUUUGGUUUUGGGGCUCCACUCUCACAGCAAAAAACCACAGCUCUGAAGAAACAGAGAAGAAGAGGAAGAAGAAGAUGAGGAACCAUCUCUUCAGGCGAUUCCUCCAGGCCCCUCUUUCGCAUUCUCGAUCCGCUCCUGCGUUCUGUCUCUCCUCUCGCCGCUAUGCAGUUUCAGCUCCAGUGGUUGAGGAAGAGGCUGAAACAGUUGUAUUUCCAAGGGAGGGCCCUGGGUUUUCAUAUGGUCUUAACUGGGCUCUGGCUGGAAAGGGUGUAAUUGUGAAUGAUAAAGCUUUUCGAAAUUUGAAAUCCUCCGAGCUACAGCAGAAAGGCGCGGCAAUUGCUGAGUCUUUGUCAGGACUUCCAAUUCACGUUAGGGGAGAUGUUCUUGGAGGAGCUUCAGAAAUUCCCAAAGCACAAUUUAGCAAACUUUUGAAACAGGUCACCGCUCACUUAUCGUCCAUCUCAGAUAUUUAUGUUCAUGAUGGAGCUAUUGGUUCAUCAUCAAAAUGUGAUGCUAAAGUUCGUGUAAUAAGUGAUAGUCCAUCUGCUGUAUUAUCACUUUCCAAUGUUCUGUGGAAAACCCCUACCCGUGCUGUUUCCCAUGACUCUUGUCCUCUGACGGUUUAUAUUGCUUCGUCUUUGAGUCCUGGUGCUGUGGAAGCUGCUGGUAUUGGAUCUCAAGGAAAGAACGGAUUUAUUGCUGCUGACAUCGAGCGUUCUUCUCUCAUUCUAUGUGGUAAGGCUUUCUCUGAUACAAAUGGAAUCAAAACAGCGUUAGCUGCCUUGUGUGGACCGAUUAUAUCUGCUCGGGGAGGUCUUCCUCUUUCUGCCAGGCUCUUGGUGUCUGGGGAUUCUGUGAUUCUUUUGUUCGCACCAGAAGAUAUCGUGCAGAGCUGCUCAGACCUGUUGGUGUCUUUGGAUGCUGGUGUAAUUUUGUCCUCUCAAGGUGUUGCACCAUUUUUUCAAACUGGGAAUUCUAGCGGGCCAAAUCUAUACAAAUUGCCAGCUGCUGUCAUCCUUGCAUCUUCUGAUAGCUCUGGAGUAAUCCCUUCUAUCUCGAAGCUCUCUCCUGGGCAAGCAGCAUAUCACUUCCUGGCCGGCUAUCACAAUGGCAAGUUUGUUCCUGCAUAUAGCAAGAGUCCAUCAUCUGCCAAUCCACUGGAGCUUGCAAAGGCUGUUCUAUCCAAGUUGAAAGAUGACCAGAUUCCAUCAUUCCUAAUCAAUGUAAAUGAAAGAGAAAAGCUUACAACUGGCAAGGACUUUGUUAAUCUGGUGCAAUCAACUCUAACAAAGAACGUUCCCCCUUUCGAACCCAAAGGUGAUCUUGAAGGCAAGUACAAGAGCUUCUUAUCAGGCAAGUUUAAAGAAUUACCAGAGGAAUUCUUGUUCUGAGAUUGUGAGAUAGGUAUGCCAUUGUGACUCCUGUUUUUCUUCCAGAGGGUAAAUUAGAGCCUACCUCAUGAAAUUAUAGUUGGAAGACAUUUGUAUGAUUUUUGCUUCUGCUCUCAUAAUGUCUGGAGGGAAGUACCAGAGACUGAAAUAAGUUAAUAACCCAUGUAUUUUUUCUGAAGUUACUUGUCUCCCCAUGUCUUAUUUGAUGCAUUUUCCUUUUGUUUCCUUUUCAAAUUAGUUCUGACUA